AUGGUGCUGGCACCACCGCUAUCCUCGUUGGCCCAUCACGCCCACCACCACUCAGUGACGCUGGUGGUGCUGCUGCAUCCGCUGGAAUUCUCCCUGCCCCACCGUCCCGGGCUCGAGUACCAGAGCCAAUACUACGACCAGACUCAUUAUAGCCCAUCUCAGCCUCCGCUGCUGAUCGCCAGCUACAGCUAUAACCAAAACGUGUCUCCCGUGCAAGGCCAGUCUCAGUAUUCAUCCAACUACGAGCAAUUCACGCCGGUUAAGUCGUACCAACGGUCUCAGCCGCCUAAUUUGGGCCACAAGGCCAACCAGCUUCUGAUCUCAAGUCACAUGGGUCUUUUUAGUCUUAGUGACAAGAAAUUGGGGUCACCCAGCCAGGCUGGCGUUCCCGCCAUGCCUCAGUCUUACCCAUUCCCGCCACCUUUGCUUCCCCCGCAAACAAUUCCAUCGCUGCAACCUCAAGCUUCGGCAAACUCGCUUUCGGGGAUAAUUGACGAGUUGAUGUUGAAAUUAACUCUGGUUGAUGCCGGCAACAUCAAUAACUAUCUCCUUGCCGUGAUGCAUAAGUUGCUGCAAAACCCUCAGAUACCUAUCGAUGACUUUUACAACAUCUUGUACAAUACUGAGCCUAACCAACCUGUGCCGCGGGUGUUACCACCGGAUGAACGCGUCGAUAAGACGUUCGUGAAUCCGGGACUGACUGAUGGCGUCAUUGACGUGAUUAACCAAAUUCUCAACGUCUUUAAAAGUCCGAAUAUGUUGGUCGAUAUGUUUCCCGAAUUGAUCAAUAAGGAGAACAAGUUGAUGCUGAUUAAUUAUCAUGAAUUGUUGCGUACGUUUCUUGCGAUCAAAAUCCUUUUUGACAUGUUGAUUGAAAUGCCACAAGGUGAUAAGGAGCCGCUGCACUACACCAUCCCACGGUUGCUGAUCUACAAGACUUAUUAUAUCAUUUGUCACAAGCUCAUCUUGGGGUAUCCUCUGUUGCUGAACACGGUGGGAGAGCAACAGAAACUCAUUUUGGGCCAGCUGAAACUCGGCAAACUCAUCAAGUUAGUGUAUCCCGAGUUGGUCAUCAAACGUUUAGGACUGCGUGGUGAGUCCAAGUAUAACUAUUUGGGCGUAAUCUGGAACGACAAAAUUGUUGACCACGAAAUGAAGGAGUUAUGCGACCAGAACGAGCUCCCGGAGCUUACUCAUAUUUUCAAUAGUCAGGCAGCGCUGGCGCGGGUCGCUAGUCCUGAAAAGAGUCGUCCACGUAUCAAGCCCAAGCAAGAGCCGUUUGAUGAUUUUAGCUACCAUUUGCCUCAACCACCCCCGGUACCAGCAGAGCAACCCUCGUUGAACGCCGAACCAUUGGUUCGAGGGCCAACAUUGUCAUUUAUCAAGCCUUACUCCAAAUACCCCCUUGAUGAUGUAUUCACCAUUCUUGAUGAUGGGCAGCCCAAUUGGUUCCACAAGUUGGCUCAUCGACUUUACGCUCUGGUCCCCAUUAUUCUGCAACAAGUUAUCCAUCAGGUUUUCCUUUCUAGUGAAAAUUUAGCAUCGAAGCUGCAGUUGCUUACUAAUUUCAUUGAGUUGGUCGUUAACCCAAUUAAUGCUAAAGCUGCUUCAGGAUCUUCUAUUGAAACCAACACUGACCUCAAGGUGUAUCUCAUGAUUAUUAUUGAGUUAUUGCCAUAUUUGUUGUUGAUCAAGCUGGAUGACGUAAACAUUAAUUUCCUCAAAAACUUACGUCUCAACCUUUUACAUUUGAUCAAUCACUUGCAUGGCCAGUUACGUAACGAUGAAGGUAAUGUUUUCAAGCAGGAAAAUUCAACGAUUUUCCUCAUAAUGCUCAAGAAGCUUAUUAAUUUGAAUGAUCUCCUAAUCACGUUUAUCAAGCUUAUAAUUAAGCCGAACGUCAAACUGAUCAUGCUGGUGGACAUUGAGAAUUUCUUAACAAUUCAUCAGCAACCGGAUACCCAGGUUCCCGUCGAUGAUGACCUGUUCUUUCUCAACUUAAGUCAACGUACUGCAUUUCUGGAGGGCAACUUUUCGUUCAGACUGGACAUUUUGCUGAACGAUUUGGUGUAUACGCUUAUUGGGUACAACUUUGAUCCAAUUCUGGGUGAACCCAAGCUGGUACCGCCUCCGCUGCAACUGUUGCUGAUGAAUUUCAUCAAUCAGGAGAUCAGCAUUAUUGAUAAGUUUUUUAAGCAUGACCUUUUGGCAUUUUUGAAUGAAUCGCUGUCGGAAGAGUCCGGUGAGAAGACCGACAAGGAACUGAUUUUGACUCGCAAGGAGCUCAAAAAAUUAUUGCUGCUCAUCAAUUUGAUUGACAAGCAAUUGUUACUGAACCACUUUAAAGCCAAGUACCCCAUUCUCAUCUACAAUAAUUUCAUCAACUUCAUUCUUAAUGAUAUUUUGAAAUUCAUUUUCUUGAAGCAACAACAAUUGCUGUUACUGCGAGUCCAACGCAGUGAUGAUGGAGAUGAUGAUGGCGGUGGCUCAAAUUCGUUCGGCAAUUGGUGGGUGUUCAACUCCUUCAUUCAGGAGUAUAUCAGUUUGAUGGGUGAAAUCGUCGGUUUGCAUGAUUCUUUAUGA